UAUGAUCACUUUUCACAUGACCGAUGGUUAAUCGUCAUCGCCCAUUUUUCGUCUUUUUAUGACAAUUUUUGGGCUAAAAACUUACUAAGUAAUUUAGUCCGCAACGUCCACUAGUAAUAGUUUUGAAAAUGGCGUUUUGCCGUUUAGUGUUCCCUUUUUUAGUGAUAAGUGUCGUGUCCAGUUACGCCAAUGUACAUGUACCAGUUUUCUUAUGGGGUGAUUUAAAAACAAAAUCAAUAAAAUCGAAUCCUUUAACGAACGUUCCGAGGGAUACAUUUGAAGAAACUUUAAAAAGCGAAUUGAAAGACGAUCCCUUCACCGUUAUUUUUAUCGACAAAACUUUGUCAGUCGAAGAUUUUUCUCUCAAAAACUCUGAAGGUGAUACAUCAUUCCCGUAUUUACACGCUAACAUAGGAAAAGCUCUGUAUUUGCCAUCUGUCGAAGGAGCUUUGGACGUCCUGAACCAUAUAGCGGACCCCGAGAAAGUAGACCAUGUCAAGUUAACAGAGAAUGGUCUCUCAGCAGAGUUUGAACCUAAAAGUGGUAAAUUCCUGUUCAUAAACCUGAAUGAUGCUAUCGAGGGUGAGUCAAGAGCCGAUAUGUUACGUCGCCACAACGAUUUCAUGGAAGAUAUGUUCACAAAGCUUACGAAAAAGUAUGAGAACGUCGUCGCCGUGUACACGGCAGAAUACCCGUCAUGGAUCAUUUCUUCGAGUCACUCGAGGGUCCGUCGUCAAGCAGAAAGCGGUCAAAUCGACGAGGCGAUGGAUGGGCUCAAGUUAUACGUCAAGGAAAUCACUCUCACCAUUGGCACUGAAAAGACGAGCCUGAACAACAUAGCCAGUUAUUCCACCGAGUUUAACGAUACACUCAUGUCAACCACGAUGAACUUUGGGGAAAAUUCUCUUACAUUGAACUUCUUGCAAAAAGCCGGCUACUGGUUCUUCAAUUCUGUGACUUUAAAACAGACUUCACCCAAAACAAUUACCGAGGAGCUGGUCCCCAAUUCGGAUGUACAUGCGAUAAUGGGCUUCUCAUACAGAUGCGGACAAAGUGUUUCCUUCAACAGCGUAAAUGAUACUCAAACUUACAACUUAUUAUUCCAAGAUUUAAAGGUACAGCCAUUCUUCAAAGAAACCGGAAACACUACACUAGAGUUCGGCGAGUCAAUCAACUGUGUUGGAUUCUUCACCGUACCGAUCUGGUCCGGUUUAUUCGUCGUCUUCAUCCUGCUGGCCAUCACCUUCUACGGCAUCAUGAUGAUGAUGGACAUAAGGACCAUGGACCGUUUCGAUGACCCCAAAGGCAAGACCAUUACAAUAAACACCGCUGAGUAAACUAUAUUAACGGCCAGUUCCUAAAAUAGUGUUCAUAUUAAUAUAAUUGUUAAUUUUUGUCCAAAUUAAUUAAUUGCUGUUAAAUUGUUGACUUGGCUCACGCACUUCUGUGCAACCGUAUAAUUUGUAAUUCGAACUGGCCUUAUGUCAAACUAAACACCAAAUAAGCUAGUUUAGUCGUCGUGUAUAGCUCAAUAUAUUGUAUUAAUAAAAAAAAAAUAUUGCUUAUAUUUCGUACCAAUAUUUAAAUGCGAAAAUUUUCGAACUGUCACAUUCUAAUUUCAAAAUAUUCGAAUCGUCGUUAUGUAUAUUACGAUGAAGUUUUUUUCUAGUGGACGUACAAUAAUCAAAUUUGGCGGUACUGUAAUACCAUAGACAAAUAGACGAUUGUAUAUGUAACGGUUAGUGUUCCAUUUUUGAAAUCAUUUCCUGAUAUUUAUUAAUCUAUCUGUCUAUGGUGAAAUGAAAGCUUCCAAUGAAACGUAAAUAUCUAGAUUUUUUAAUGAAACCGAAAAUGUGCCUGUUCAUAUAAACAUGUGUAGAUAAAAAAUGUAUAUUUCUGUGAAUUUGUGAUUUAGAUACUUGUUAGAGGUAGCAUACAAUUUUUCUAUUGUACUUUAAAAAAAAAUGAAAA